AUGUUAACUUCGGGAGAGAAUAGGCUUAAAAACAAAAAUGCUAAAAUACGUCACAAAUGCCAUUAUUGCGGUAAAAUUUUCCUAACUAAAAGUAAUUUGGACAGUCACUUGGAUGCAGUUCAUUUGAAGCUAAGAAAAUGUGUUUGCAAUGAUUGUGGACAGCCGUUUGUCACGAAAAAAAAUUUGAAUGAUCACGUUAUGAACGUCCAUCAAAGCAUCAAAAAUUACUCGUGCGACACAUGUGCAAAAGUUUUUGGUUAUAAGAAAAACUUGGCUGAGCACAUUGCAACAGUUCAUUUGAAAAUAAAAGAUCAAAAAUGCGGAGAGUGUGGAAAGUUUUUUGGUUAUAAAAGGGAUCUGAUGAAGAACAUUGAUACAGUUCAUCUGGAACUCAAAGAACACAUGUGUGAGAAAUUUGGAAAGUCAUUUGGUCACAAGGGCGACUUGAAUCGCCACAUUGUCACAGUUCAUGAAAAAUUGAAAGAGCACAAGUGCAAAGAGUGUGGCAAACAUUUCGGUCAAAAAGGUCAUUUGAUACAGCACUCAGAUGUAGUUCAUUUAAAUAUUAGAGAACACAUGUGUAAAGAAUGCGGUAAAUCUUUUGGUGCUGAAAGUGACUUGAAUAUACAUAUUAGCGCAGUACACGAGAAAAUCAAAGAUCACAAAUGCAAUGAGUGUGCCGAGUCUUUUAAAAAAAAAAGUAAUCUUUUGAGGCACAUCGAUGUAGUUCAUUUGAAACUCAAAGAACAUAGGUGUGAGGAAUGUGGAAAGUCUUUUGGUUAUAAAAAUGAUCUGAUGAAGCACAUUGAUACAGUUCAUUUGGAACUUACAGAACACAUGUGUGAGGAAUGUGGAAAGUCUUUUGGUCGAAAGCAGACUUUAAUGAAUCACAUUGAUACAGUUCAUUUGAAAAUAAAAGAUCAAAAAUGCGGAGAGUGUGGAAAGUCUUUUGGUUAUAAAAAUGAUCUGAUGAAGCACAUUGAUACAGUUCAUCUGGAACUCAAACAACACAUGUGUGAGGAAUGUGGAAAGUCUUUUGGUCACAAAAGUAACUUACAUAAACACAUUGCUGCAGUACAUAAAAAAAUCAAAGAGCACAAUUGCGGAGAGUGCGAUAAGUCUUUUGGAAAAAAGCAGACUUUAAUGAAGCACAUUGAUGCAGUUCAUCUAGAACUCAAAGAACAUAUGUGUGAUGAGUGCGGCAGGUCGUUUGGAUAUAGAGUGAAUCUGAUGAGGCACAUAGAUGUAGUUCAUUUGCAACUUAGAGAACAGUGCGGAGAAUGUGAAAAGUCUUUUAGUACAAAAAAUGCUUUGAAUAGACACAUUUCUUCAGUUCAUGAAAAAAUCAAAGAUCACAAAUGCUUCGAGUGUGGCAAGUCGUUUAGAGAAAAGGGUCAUUUAAUGCAGCACAUAGAUGCAGUUCAUUUGAAACUUAAAGAACACACGUGCGAGGAAUGUGGGCAAUCUUUUGGUGCAAAAAGUAACUUGAAUAGACACAUUGCCACAGUUCAUGAAAAAAUCAAAGAUCACUAA